AAGAAAAACCAGUGACGCUGUGGCCUGUUGGUAGUUGAUACCGCGACACUCCGCGGUUCACGUUUGAUUCGUACUUCAGAUUAUAAUCAUUUGAAGAAAACCUAAGAAAAUGUCUACAUUAUCUCAUGGCAAGAAGCGAGUCUGCUACUAUUAUGAUAGCGAUAUAGGAAAUUAUUAUUAUGGUCAAGGCCAUCCUAUGAAACCACAUCGUAUAAGGAUGACACAUAAUUUACUACUUAAUUAUGGUCUUUACAGAAAAAUGGAAAUAUAUAGACCACAUAAAGCCACAGCUGAUGAAAUGACAAAAUUUCAUAGCGACGAGUACAUAAGAUUUUUGAGAUCAAUCAGACCAGAUAAUAUGUCAGAAUACAACAAACAAAUGCAAAGAUUUAAUGUGGGUGAAGAUUGCCCUGUUUUCGAUGGCUUGUAUGAAUUCUGCCAAUUGUCAGCUGGUGGUUCUGUAGCAGCUGCAGUUAAACUUAAUAAACAAGCAUCAGAAAUCUGUAUUAAUUGGGGUGGUGGUUUACAUCAUGCUAAGAAGAGCGAAGCAUCAGGUUUUUGUUAUGUAAAUGAUAUUGUACUUGGAAUUUUGGAAUUACUUAAAUAUCAUCAAAGAGUUUUAUAUAUUGAUAUUGAUGUUCAUCAUGGUGAUGGUGUUGAAGAAGCAUUUUACACGACAGAUAGAGUAAUGACUGUCUCAUUUCAUAAAUAUGGUGAAUAUUUUCCUGGUACAGGAGAUCUCAGAGAUAUUGGUGCUGGAAAGGGCAAAUAUUAUGCCGUCAACAUACCUUUACGAGAUGGUAUGGAUGAUGAAAGUUAUGAGUCAAUUUUUGUACCUAUAAUUUCAAAAGUCAUGGAAACUUUUCAACCAUCAGCAGUUGUUUUACAAUGUGGAGCAGAUUCCUUGACAGGUGACAGACUUGGCUGUUUUAAUUUAACUGUAAGAGGACAUGGUAAAUGUGUAGAAUUCGUAAAAAAAUAUAAUCUACCAUUUUUAAUGGUUGGAGGAGGUGGUUAUACAAUUAGAAAUGUAUCUAGAUGUUGGACAUAUGAAACAUCUGUUGCUCUAGGAUCGGAAAUUGCUAAUGAACUUCCAUAUAAUGAUUAUUUUGAAUACUUUGGUCCUGAUUUCAAGUUACAUAUAAGCCCCUCAAAUAUGGCCAAUCAGAAUACACCUGAGUAUUUAGAAAAGAUAAAAACAAGACUAUUCGAAAAUUUAAGAAUGUUACCUCAUGCGCCGGGGGUUCAAGUGCAAGCAAUUCCAGAGGAUGGUGCUGUUAUCGAAGAUUCAGAAGCAGAAGAGAAAAUAAAUCCAGAUGAAAGAUUAUCACAAAGGGAUUUAGAUAAAAGGAUACAACAUGAAAAUGAAUACAGCGAUAGUGAAGAGGAGGGAGAUGGUGGUAGAAGAGACAAUAGAUCAUUCAAAACUUCUAGAAAGCGUCCGAGACUUGAAAAGGGUCAGGAAGGUAUGGAAAGUGAUAUAAAAAAGGAAGAAGAUAUAAAAUCCGAAGCAAAAGAGAACGAUAAAGACGAAAAAAUGAAUGCCACGAAUGAGGAGACGAAAAAAGAUGGUGGUGCGAAUCCCUGAUAAAUAAUAGCAUCUACUCGUCGGAAAUAUUGCAGAGGUCUUUAUUUAAAUCAAGUCUAAAUAAGCUUAGGUAACUUAAGUGCAAGGAGCACGUGGUGUACAGAUAUUCGUUACCUUAAGAUCAUCCCAUAAUCCAAAGUCAUUUGUUUUCUUCAUAUUUUAUAUAAUAGAAAAGAGAAGAAUACUUUAAUAUGAUAAUUUGAUUAUAUCCGUUUGUGAAGUAUAAUAACGAUAUUGAGAUAUACACGUACAAGCGUGAUCUUAACGCUUUGUAUUUUUAAUUAUUAUUAAAAUUUAUAUAUCUUUUUUUCAUACACAUAGUGAAAAAUUUUUUGAGGAAGAAAGUUGAAGAGGGGGACAGGGAAGGGGUUGGGGAAUAUGACUAAAGAUAAUUUAAUAUUUAUAGUGAUUUGAAUUUUUAAAAAUAUUACGGAUAUUAAAUAAUUCCUUCAGGCAUAAUCAAUAAUGAGAAUGAGAUCACAAAGUUAUUGAUAACAAGAUAACAGUCAAUUCUACAUAUGCCCAGAUUUAUAUCCUAGAAAUAUAAUAUAUCAAUUUAAAAAUAUUCUAUGAUCGAAUUGAUUGUAUCUUAUCCAUUUCUAAGGAUAUAAUUUAGAUUGAACUAUAUGACAAGCUAACGCGCAAUUUAAUAUAGACGCAUUAGCUAGAUUAGUUAAUGCAAAGGAUCAUGGGAUAUUAAAUUUUUUUUGCUUCCUCCUAUUCUUGUACAUAAUAUAAUGCUAAUAUUAAAAAAUGAAGUUCUACACGCAAUAAUAAUAUUAAUAAUUAUUAUUAUAAUUAUCAUAAUGACAAACAAAAGAAAAACAAAUGAAAGGAAUCGCAUUCAUUUUGGUAUGUAAAAUAUAUUAUUUUGUUUGUGAGAUAUGAAGUCAUUGGUAAAGAGCGAAAAGCAAAGCCAGAUUAGAAUUAUCAGAUGACAGAUUUCAAAUGUAGGUAUAGGAUAUAAGAAUAUUAAGUAAGCGAAAGUAAUUUGUAAGAGUUCAAAUUUGUCAGUAUGACUAGACCUACUUUUAUUCGAUGUUAGUGGAUGUUAAAUCGCUCUCGUGAGAAGGAGAAUAUAAAAUAUAAAUGAUAAAACUGCCUCUGGUAGGCUAAUAUUAACUAAUAUUAAAAUGAUUAUUAUAUUCGAAAUCUACAACCAUCCGUUUACAAAGUUUUCAUCUUUCUUGUAAGAGCGAACGUCCAUUGCUAACCAAUGUGUACAGAAAUCUACUUUUUCCACCGCAUAGAUCGGACCAGCGCGCGACUAUGAAUGAUCGGUCCCAAAAAAAAAAAAAGAUGUUCAUUUACUUAGUUAAAAUUAAUUAUCCAUCACACAAAGAUACAAAUUCAAUGUAAUGAUAAUAUACUUAUGCCGGAUU